AUGAAAAUGAUGAGAAAGAGAAAAGAUGUUGAGGUACAAGAUGGGCAAAACGGUGGUAACAACGAAAUCGUUUGGGAUAAUGUGAUGAACGGGCCCAUGAAUGGUGGAGCACUCAUUGGUGGAGCUGUACGUGCACGAAAAAGAUUUGUUGGUGUACGCCAACGUCCCUCUGGAAGAUGGGUGGCUGAGAUUAAAGAUACCAUACAACAAAUAAGAGUGUGGUUAGGUACAUUUGAUACUGCUGAAGAGGCUGCAAGAGCUUAUGAUGAAGCAGCCUGUUUGCUUCGUGGUUCCAACACUCGAACCAAUUUUUGGCCAUGUAAUCCCUCUAACAAAUCUCCUGCUCUGUCCUCCAAAAUCACUAAUCUUCUUAUACAAAGACUUAGAGCAAGAAAUAGUGCUAAUCUUGAAAAUCCUGCUUAUAAUUCAUCAAUGUCGAUACCCCAUUCUUUCCAUAACAAUGAUCAACAGUUUCAAGAGUCAGUCCAAGUUCAAGAUUCUGACUAUAACCAAAUCUUUAACAUCCCAGAUGCUACUUAUUCUAUUAGUGAUAGUUUUAGUGCAAGUUCUGAAUAUAACUCAAGAAGUAGUACUAUUUUAGAUGAACGAUAUAGAGUUGUAGAUGAGCCUAAAGGGGAGGAAAACAAAGAGAUAGAUUUGUGUUUGAGUGACUUAUUAUUCGUUGACAAUAUUGCAUCGUCUAUGGAAUAUUCUCCAUUCGAUAUUGCAGAAGAGAUAACAAAGGAAAACUACAAUGAGGACCCGUCCAUGGUUAGUGAAGCCAUGAAGAGAAUGAAAUUUGAACGCAACAUUUCUGCUUCUCUUUAUGCUUUCAAUGGGAUAUCCGAAUGUUUGAAGAUGAAGGAAAACCGAAAGCAUGAACAACUGUCAAACCUUGGCCCAAAACAUAGCGAAGAAACUGACAUAGGUGAUCAAAUAGCGGGUAGAUCAUACGAGAGUGAACAAACUCUAAUGAGUAUGGAAUCGGUUUCUUCUUCGAGUAGCAAGGAAGGAGAUGAUCAAUCUUUCCUUUGGAGCUCUUUUGAUCUUCCAUCUUUAGAUAUGUUCUUUAGUGGAUCAAUUUAAAGAUCCAAAAUUAGUAAUGGUAUAAUUUAUGAUUUUUACUUAUUCAUUAGCACCCUCUGAUAGGCUAUAGUGAUAUAAUACAGCAACAUAAG